GAAUAGCCAACAAGCAAGCAAGUGAACUUCAGACUUACUCGGCCAAGUUAAAGUCAGAGAUACAUAUACCUACAUACAUACAAAAUGGUUUGCAAGGGAUGUGGAACUAAUUGCCAGUGUUCGGGGCAGAAGUGCGGGGACAAUUGCGCCUGCAACAAGGACUGCCAGUGCGUCUGCAAGAAUGGGCCCAAGGACCAGUGCUGCAGCAACAAAUGAAUUACAAUAUCUAACUUCUAAACUAAGGCUCAACUCCCCACCGAGUUGGCCAGAAAACCAAUAAAGUUUAUGAAGAUUUUGGGCAUUUAAAA